AUGGCUACUACUACAGCAUACGAACAUGAUGCUGAUGGUUCCAAGUUUAUACCUGCGACACAGCGUCCAGAUGGUACUUGGAGAAAACCUCGACGGAUAAAAGAGGGGUAUGUCCCUCAGGAUGAAAUUCCGCUAUAUGAAAGUAAAGGAAAGCAGUUCAAGGCACGUCAAAAUACAGGAUUACCGGUGGGUCUAACUCCAGAAAUUGUGGCCCAGGCUCAAAAAAAGAAAGGGCACAGUGGAACCAUACAACCCAUACCUGGUAUGAUAAUUAAUGUGGAUAAGAAGAAAAAGAAAAAGAAAACAGGUAUAGAAGAAGCAGCGGAAAAACUAUCUAAAUGUGAAAUUACAGAACCUAAUUUUAAUACACCAAGUACUCCAUCCAAUAUUACUGCACCAAUUCAAGUGGACCCUGCUAAAAGACUAAAGAAUCUAAAAAAGAAAUUAAGAGAAAUUGACACCCUUGAAGAAAAAGUCAAGUCAGGGGCGCUCAAAAAUCCAGACAAAGAUCAAAAAGAGAAACUCUCAAAGAAAAGUGACAUAGUGAAAGAGAUAGAGUUAUUAGAAAAAUCUAGUUAA